AUGCUAGCCCCGAGGGCUGUCCAGGCCAUGGUGCUGCUGCCGCCAAGCCAGUCCCUGAGGUGCACGGAGGUGUCCAGGUCCGAGUCCCCGCGGGCCAUGCGGUCACUGCUCCUGCGGGCCCUGCUGGACCCCGAUGACAGGGCAGCACUGGCCUGCUGUGCCACUCACUGGCUUAUAAAGCCCGUGUUUGGCCGGGCUGAGGACAGUAUGGGGAUGAAGUCCACCCUGGUCCUGCUGGUCCCCAUCCUAGCUCUCCUCUGGGUGCCUGCCGCCGCCUGGGCUGAGGUCCUGGUGCACCCGGACUUCGAUGCCCAGAAGUUCUCAGGCCUGUGGUAUGUGGUGGCCAUGGCGUCGGACUGCAAGGUCUUCCUGGGCAAGAAGGACCACCUGCUGAUGUCCACCCGGACCGUGGAGCCCACCCAGGAUGGCGGCCUUCAUGUCCACAUGGAGUUCCCUCAGGCCGACGGCUGCCGGCAGAAGGAUGCUGAGUACCUGCUCGCAGGCUCCAGUGGACAUUUCAGAGUCCCUGCCCUGGGCUACCUGGAUGUGCGUGUGGCAGACACAGACUACAGCUCCUUUGCGGUGGUCUACAUCUACAAGGAGCUGGAGGGGGCCCUCAGCACCAUGGUGCAGCUGUACAGCCGGACCCAGGACCCGAGCCCCGCGGCCAGGAGGGCCUUCCAGGACUUCUACCCGACGGUGGGGCUCCCGGAGGACAUGGUCAUCAUGCUGCCCACGUCAGAUGCCUGCUCCCCAGGGGGCAAGGAGGCACCCUGACCUUGCAGACGGCACCUCGAUCUCCCAGGUUCUGUUGAAGCAGCUGGCCAGUCACCGUGGAGAAUGAACAAGCCCCCCGCCCCUCCCUUUCCCAGGACAAGAGAGCCACACUCCACAGCGCCAGACCAGGGGCGUCCCAUUCCCCCCAGCCCCACGAAGACGGCUCCUGGGCAGC